GUGGGUCGGGGGGAGAAAGCGGCAAGUACAGUCCCUGGGCAGGACUGGGCGCACGACCGCAAGAGGAGACCGGAGCGGAGCUGAGCCAGGCUGGGCGCAAAACGAGCCGACUGCGCGCCAGGGAAAGGACGGCGCAAGGCAAGGCGGGUUCCCGUCUGGCUCCCAGGCAGGGAAUCAUCAGGAUCAGGAUCAGGCGGGCUGCAACGCGGCGCGGUCCACCUUCCCUCCCCGUUUCCUUACCGCCUGUCUCCCAAUUUGGGGAGGGGACGGGGGGCAUCGCUGUUCCGACCAUCUUGCUCUCCGCGGGGGCGGAGGGGGAAGCUCUCCGGCCGUUUGGCAAGCCGCGGUCGGCCCGGAAGGCGCCUCUGUGCCGGGUGGGAGGAGGAGAAGCAAGAGACCCCCCCCACUUUCCCCGACCGGCCCCCGGAGCGACGGUCGAGACUGUGGGGAGCCCGACAGCGGGGCGGAAGAUGACCCAAGAACAAGCUGGGAAGGUACAGUUUUACUUCUUCAUCUUUUCUUCUGGGAGACGAAACCCAGGAGCCAAGAAAAUGAUGGGCAAGGAAGAACAUCAAACAAGAAGGAAUUAAUGUGAUGGAUGAACUCCUUUGCUGAUGACAACCCAAGAGGAACUGACCAUAUAACUGAAGUUGCCGAAGCCAUGAAGACCCACAACACGCCAGAGAAGAAAACAUCAGGCUCUUCCGCGCCUUCUCGGUGGCACAGGGGCAGGUUUCGGCGCAAGCCCUCCCCGCAGACGGUGGUGAAGGGACAGCUUCGGAUGCGCUCACCCUCAGGAGUCUUCGUGAUGGUGGGGAUCUCGGUGGUCUUGGUGGGAAUGACCAUUGCCGUGAUCGGAUAUUGGCCUCACCGUACAAAGUCCGGCAGCGGCAGGCCAGGGAGCUCCAAUGUCACCGGAGACAUCAGGAAGGAAAUGAAGGUUUCUCCCCAAGCUCGCUCCAUCAUCCACAGUGAGAAAUUGAAGCUCAUUGGGCCGGUCGUCAUGGGCGUGGGUCUCUUUAUCUUCAUCUGCGCUAAUACGAUGCUGUACGAAAACCGAGACAUGGAGACUCGCUUGUUGAUGCAGCAGGAGCUCUAUUCCAUGGGCCUGAAUUUCCCGCAGGACCCGGAACCCGCCAGCGAUUACUUUCAAAGGAGAAGGACCACCUCCUCCACCCUCAGGGACAACGCUGAAUGUGUAGAAGGCUACUACGAGGUGGACCUUUCUUCCAGCGGCUUCCAGUCUUGUUCCAGCCCCGUGAAGAAAUGGGUCAACAGCUGCAAUUCCAGCAGGCUCCAAACCACGGCCCAAUUCUUUCAUCACAAGAGCAUCUCACCCUCACUGUCUCUCUUGAGCAUCCGUUCGGACUCCGGCAAUGCCGUGCCGGAGAACGGAGCCUUCUCCUUCGCUCGCGGAGCAGAAUCCGUUCUCUCUACAGCUGUCAACGCCCUGCCUUUGCCUCUCAUUAAGCUGAACAACUGUCUGCUCGAAAAGCAGAGCGUUUCUCGGGUGGGUGUCCACGAGUUGAAAAGCAGUUGUAGGUUGCCAGAGGAGAAGGAGGAGGUACGGAGACUGUCGUGGGCUUUCCUGCCUGGAUGCAACCGCGUUCUGCCCAGGGACGACACCCUUAGAGGCAGCCACGUAGUUAUCGAUAUGGAUAGCACGCCCCACUCAGGCACCUUGGUGGAUAACUUUCAUGAAUGCACAAAGAGAGAGUUCCCAAAUUCGGGCCAUUCGAAAUCCUUGGAUCUCGGCCAGCCAAGAACGGCAUUGGUGGCACCCAGCAUAGACAGGAAACACAGGAGCUGGCCUAGGCUUGAUCACAUUGACCUACUCAACUAUGCAAAACUGGAAAGCCAAGGCGAGUCUUCUGACAGGCUUUUGGGAGCCUCAAAAGAGCUUUUUAGGGGGGGAGCAUUUCCUUAUCCCAGGAAAUUCCUAUGAAAACAGGUCCUAUCAUUUGAUCCGGCACCCCAAGGAAACGGUGUUGUCUUGGCUACGUCAGAUUUUAGGCAUUGCCCAAGAGUGAGGCUGGGGGCAGGCAGGCUGAUCAGUAUUUGCCAUGAAGAUUGCAACGCUGGCUGUUUAAUUCAUCAGCCAAGGUCUGUUGCCGACGGAGACAUAGUUUGGAUGGCUUUCUUCCCAAGGGGCUCAUGCGGGUUUUUUUGCCUUAACUAAAAAUCUGAUCGUGGAAAAAAAUAUUGCUCUGGAUGGACUUACACAUUCCAGGUUGCGUACGUCUGUGUAGGAACACAAACCCCGUUUGUGGGUCGGGUCAGUGAGCCUGAAGUUCCAUGUCACGCAACUGAGCUGCUCACCAUGCAUUUGUAAGGGCUGCAAGGGGAAAGUGAGCAAAUAGCCCGAUUUCGGAAAUGCUAAAGUGAUGCCUCCUAAAAUCACAAAGACCUGGUUUUCAAAAAAAAAAAUAAUAAUCAUGAAGUCGCACUUUUAUACAGGGAUGCAGGUUUCUCAUUUCGUCGAAGCUCAGCUACAGUUCCUGCCUGAGGUCUUUUAAUGCUCGGUUAGGAAUAGCGGUUUAUCUUUUUUCUUUUAAAGACAGUUUAAAUACACUUGUAUUGCUGAUCUCAUAAUUUGGAAGCCCGUGGUUUCUAAAGUAAAAAAACAACAACAAUCCUACAAAUUAAUCGGUGUUUCUUCUUUAUGUGCUUUAUUUUUAGGGAAUCAAUGAGUGUGUAAAAUGUCUACAAAGGUUCUCAGUCAUCCAGGUUUUUUUUUUAAUUUGCAUUUAUAUUCCGCCCUUCUCCGAAGACUCAGGGCGGCUUACACUAUGUUAGCAAUAGUCUUCAUCCAUUUGUAUAUUAUAUACAAAGUCAACUUAUUGCCCCCAACAAUCUGGGUCCUCAUUUUACCUACCUUAUAAAGGAUGGAAGACUGAGUCAACCUUGGGCCUGAUGGGACUAGAACCUGCAGUAAUUGCAAGCAGCUGUGUUAAUAACAGACUGUCUUAGCAGCCUGAGCCACCAGAGGCCCUAAGGUGCUUUUUCCAAAAGCAACUGGAUAUUCUAUGAGGGGUUUUCCCACCCCCUUUGAAAAUGUUUUGCUUCUCAUCAAUGAACUGAAGAAGCUUCUUAGAUGAGAAGCGAAAUGUUUUCAAAGGGGGUGAAAAAAGGCCAGAUUCCUUUUGGAAAAAGCACCUUUGGGAAUGUGUAAAAAACCCUUCAAAGUAGUCCAUGUCAGUCUCCAAAUUUUACUGGCAUUCUACUUUAUUGAUAAGAAUGUAACAUCUUGAAAACUUAGCAAAUCUUCUCUCCCCUUCUUAUAACAAAGAGAAUCGAGAAUGGGAAAUAUUGAGUUUCUUCCUCACCCCAUUCUCACUUUUGGGACUAAACUGUUGUUUAUUGAUCAAUUGUUGAAUAUAUCUUCCUCAAGGCCACUUCCAUUGGCCACUACAACAGGAUUAUUUAAAGCUUGUCUCAUACUAUUUCAGGUUAAAGUAAUUAGUGAUGCCAUAUGUUUAUGGGGUUUCUCAGCCAUCCAGGUCAUGGUUGUCCCAAAGGUGCUUUCUUAAGCGGCAACUGGACUUUCUUUGUUUUUCCUUCUCAUCCAAAAAGCUUCUUCAGAACUGAACUGAACUGAAGAAGCAUUUUGAAUGAGAAGGAAACGUCUUCGAGGAAAAACAAAGAAAACCCAGUUGCCUCUUGAAAAAACACCUUUGGGAGAGUGAUGCCAUAAUCAUUUUCAAUUGAUCCCAUCUCCUUACAUUUCCUCUUCUGUUAAUCUUUUAAUUUCAGGAUGGAUGGCAGUCCAUAAAUAGAUGGGAUAAAGCACUAAAAUGAUCUGAAGAGAACCAAAGCUUUGAAAGAUUAAAAUAGCAGUAGCCAUCACACACGAAGAGACGCAUAAGAGGGAGGUAUUUAAAUAAGGACCAGUUGGACACAGCUAGAAGAGGAUGCUUAAAUCUUGAAUGCCAGAGUAAAAAUAAAAGCAAACAAGGGUGGCAGAGGAAGGCUUUCCAAAGUUAGACCAUCGUGUUAAGAGAAGAAUCUCUAGAGAAGAAUCCAUGAGAUGAUCAGGGCCAUCCCACAACAUCUAAUGUUAGGUUGUUGUUAUUAGUUGUGAAGUCGGGUCCGACCCAUCACGAUCCCAUGGACAACG